AUGUUUUAUUCUACGCAUAGAUUUAUGACAGCCAGUGGCUCAACUAGGUCAGAAGUUAUUUCCGAAAUAAGAAGAAUGAUCCACAACUACCAAACCAACAACAACCAGAAGAUUGAAUUAGUAAGGGUUCCAUCGCACGUCUCCAUUCCUGGCAAUGAUCAAGCAGACCGAUGUGCCAAAGAAAGUCUGAGUCUGGAGGAUAUCGAGCCUGUAGAAUACUCCUAUUCGGAGUUCUGCAGUAUCGUCUCUUCUAGGAUCAACCAGAAAUGGUCUGACAUGUUACGGAACCUCGACACCACAAGAUACCAGAUUGAUCCGAAGAUACCAAACCAAACCAAACCAAACCAUCCAUGUGUAGCCAUCUGCAAAGUGGCAACCAGACUCCGGACCAACAACGUACUACGAGACCAUCAGUUCAACGCCAUUAAAUGUCGCUGCGGCCACGUCUCAAAAGUUAAAGAAGAGGCUUCAGUUAAAGUAUCCACAAUUGGUCUUCCAUUUACCUGCUAA